AUGAAGAAGACUGAAGAUCUCGCGAACGAUGAGAUCAUCGAGAAGUGCCUUGAGGUCAAAGGAGGCAAGCCCGGAAAGCUUGUCCAGAUCCCCGAGGGUCAGGUGAAGAGUCUGUGCACAUCGGCACGGGUCAUUUUCCUCGACCAGAGCCCUCUGCUGGAGUUGGAGGCGCCCCUGAAGAUUUGUGGGGACGUUCACGGCCAAUACCACGACCUCCUACGCUUGUUCGAGUAUGGUGGCUUCCCGCCUGAGAGCAACUACCUUUUCCUAGGAGACUACGUGGACCGCGGAAAGCAGAGCUUGGAGACUAUCACCUUGCUGUUUGCGUAUAAGGUGAAGUUUCCAGAAAACUUCUUCCUGCUCCGCGGGAAUCAUGAGUGCGCAUCAAUUACGAGGAUUUACGGGUUUUACGACGAGUGCAAGCGACGGUACAACAUCAAGCUUUGGAAGCAGUUUUGCGACGUCUUCAACUGCAUGCCCGUAUGUGCUAUCAUUGACGAAAAGAUCAUUUGCAUGCAUGGAGGCUUAUCGCCUGAGAUCACGAGCUUCGACCAAGUCAAGCGCAUCGUCCGCCCCACCGAUGUGCCGGACACAGGGCUCAUUUGCGACCUGCUGUGGGCCGAUCCCGACAAGGACAUCUCUGGUUGGGCCGAGAACGACCGCGGUGUGUCCUUCAUCUUCGGCCCUGAUGUUGUGACAACUUUCCUCCACAAGCACGACAUGGACUUGGUUUGCCGGGCCCAUCAGGUCGUUGAGGACGGAUAUGAGUUCUUCGCCAAGCGACAGUUGAUCACACUUUUCAGCGCUCCGAACUACU